AAAAAUGGGAAUAUCUCGAUUUUUUACAAAUUUUCCACCAAAAUGCAAACUAGCGCCGAAUGCAGCGAAAGAUUAACGAUCCGGAAACCCCCCAAGCCGAUACCAUGUUCGGAAACUGAAAUGCUACGUUCAAAGGGAUAUAUUUUAAGGAAUACAAUCGGACAAGGGACGUAUAGUAAAGUAAAGCGUGCUUGCUCUAUUGCCAUGAAAAGAGACAUCGCCAUUAAGAUCAUUUCCCGCGAUGACGCGCCAGAAGUAUUUAGAAAAAAGUUCCUCCCGCGCGAAGUAGAAGUUCUUUCAAUACUAGAACAUCCGUCGAUUGUUAAAGUGUUCGAGAUCUUCGAGACAAAGAACCCGGCUCGUCUGUAUAUUGUAACAGAGUAUUUUCAUAAUGGAGAUUUACUGGAUCACGUUAAGUCGAAAGGAAGCAUGGACGAGAUGGUAGCGCGGCCUGUCAUUGCUGACGUAUGCAGAGCAGGUUCCUACCUCCAUCAUAACAACAUCUCCCACCGAGACAUCAAAUGUGAGAAUAUCCUUUUACACGUUGUACCUGGAUGCAAAGGAGCGGCUUACCAGGCCAAAUUAUGCGACUUUGGCUUCGCGAGGAGGUUUCCUACAAGAACGAGUAAAGACCACGCGCAACUCGGUGGGCAGGGUUGGCUGUCCAACACAUUCUGUGGAUCUGCCGCUUACGCCUCACCCGAAAUAUUGGAACGAAAGCUUCACAACCCUAUGAGCGCCGAUGUUUGGGCAACUGGCGUCGUCGUGUUCAUCACUGUGUUUGGAGCUAUGCCGUUCGAUGAUACCGAUAUAAGAACCAUGGUAAAGAUGCAAAAGCGAGGUGACGUCACACACCACCGCUCCAACAAAGUGAGCGUCAUAGCUAGUGAGCUCAUUGGCAGUAUAUUACGUCCUCACCCACGUCAUCGACCCACCAUGCAAGGAAUAUUACGUCACAGAUGGUUUCAUGCGGAUCUUACACCCGGACUUCAACAUCAAGUUUGA